GAUGCUGCAGCCAGAGACUUCCCAGGUCUCGGAGGAGGGGCCAGCCGCUGGGUCCCGGCGCCGCGGUGACUGCAUCAUCUGCUACUCAGCCUACGACCUCUCCGGGCACCUGCCGCGCCGCCUCUACUGUGGCCACACCUUCUGCCAGGCGUGUGUGCGGCGGCUGGACACAGCGGCCCAUGAGCAGCGCUGGAUCCCAUGCCCGCAGUGCCGCCAGAGCACACCCACACCCCGGGGAGGGGUGGCCAUGCUGGACCUCGACCUGGCAGCCUUCCUGGCCGUCAGGGCUGAGCGGGAGCCGUCUCGCGGGGAGCCCCAGCCUCCUGCGCCCCCCAAAGGCAGCACUGCCAUCACUCGGCAGCCGGCCAGGCUCUGUCCCACGGUGGGCACACAGCCCCACUUCCCCCAGCCCAGGCGCUGCUGCAGCUGCAACUGCGGCCUCUGCUGGGACACCCUGGGCAGUCCGGAGGUCUGA